GCACGCACGCACGCACGCACGCACGCACGCACGCACACACAUACACACAUACACGCAACACAUAAACUGUGUUUGCGAUUUACAGACGUGGACUGACAAAAAGUUACUAUACGUGAUUUUGUACAAGAAUGUAUAUCUUUUUUUACAUGUCUAUAUAUAUGUAAUGUAUUUUAUCUUUUAUACGCAUAUAUUUGUGCGUAUCACACACUAUCUAUCUCAUCUCAUCACGCGCGAGAGAAUAGUGCAGUUGGAGAGAACGUGGUUUCUCUUCUCGAUAAUUUACAUUUACAUAAUAUUCUAUCUCUCUUAUACACACUUAUAUAUAUUCACGCAUUAUAUCGAUGACCAAUUAUCACGAAUGAGAGAGAGAGAGAGAGAGAGAAAGAGAGACAGAAACAGAGGUGAAUUUGCGCGGCGGAGGAGUAAAAAAGCGCUUUCUUCAAAAGACGAUCUUUCAGAUUUUGUAUAAAUUUAUUAUACAAUAUUAUAUGUAUACACUCUAUCUUCCCCUAAUAUAUAAUUAUAUUAUAUUGUUACACGCGUGCAGAACUAUAUCUGCAACUCUAUAUAUGUAUAUACACGUUCCGUUUGCGCGGGCAAACGGCAAUUAUUAUGAAAGUUUCGUCACGAUACCUUGCCCAAAUCUAUCUUAUAAUGCGAGCGAGCUCUUCGCAAGUGAUCGACAGUGACCGUUUCUUAUCUCGUUGCGCUUUAAUUCGGCGAAAAUUAAAUCGAGAACAAUCGCACAACAGCGAUAUGCUGAACGAAUGAACAGAAACGCCAUUGUCAUUGUGCGUGGAGAAGCGUGGGCGAUAUUAAUCUUAUAUGUGAUUCUACAUUAAACAAAAUUGUAAGCAAAAGUCAACUCUAUCGCUAUUUUAACUUUCAGAGUUUAAUAAAACGUUUUCACUAACAACAAAUACAAAGGGAGGUUUCGUUGCGAAUCCCAUGAAUAACUUCCAUUUAUUAAGAACGUCCAACUAUUAAUCCGAGUUUAUAAUUCGAUUUUAAUUUUGAAUAUAUACAGCAAGGUUUCUCUUGUUUUUGUGUAUAUUUAUAUAUGCAUGUGUGCAGCGUACUUAUAGGAUUGGGAAAUUGACAAAUUAGUCGCAUUUCAGAUUCAAUUCAUGUUGAUAGAAAUUUGCAAAUUGUAAAUUUAUACGUCAGAUCGCUCUCGAUGAGAGAGGCGAGCUUGAAUUGGUUUGUUUUGAAAACGUCAAAGACGUCAUCUCAAAAAGGGAUAAAUGGACGCGCACGCGCGCGUUCGACGCACCAGGUGGUCGUCGAUGGUGACGAUACUUUUAGCACAAACCUGGUGGGCGGUAGGGUGGCUGUAGGGUGGUUUAUCGACCAGGAUACGAGUCUCAAAAGGUUCAGUAGUCGUGGGACCACCACCCCGUCAAAACGAGCUUUUGUCGAACGCGAGCUUCGCGAACGCUUCGCAGUGCUCCCAUUUUUCUCUUUUCCCCUGUCCCCCUUUCUCUUUCUCAGCUUUUCGUCUUUUCGUCCGCUGUCUCUCUUUUCCGCUUUCUUCAUACUUUAUACGGCCGUAUAAAUAAAGUACGUCGCUGGUCAGGGGGUUCCAUAUAUCUCACGUUCGAGCGUUCAGCUAACGAAGAUGAUUACGGCGUUACCGGUACCUUCGGUGAAGGUCUUUCACAAGACCUACUACCAGGAGAAAGGAUUGCGGAUAGGGAAUAGCCAGCCGGGAAGUCCAUUGGCGGAGAGCGAGGCGGUACUGGCCAUGAUAGACAAAGAACCGCCAGAGUACUAUUUUUGCGGAAAGGUAAAUUCCCUGUACGUCGUCGUCGGCUCGCUGUUGCUGGGAGCGGUGGUGCUGGUUGUCGGUCUGGUUCAACUCGCUCCGGGCGCGGAAGCCGCGCAAAAUUCGGCGGCACUGAUCGCCGCCGGUAGUGGCCUCCUGAUGAUAGGGUUGUUUCUCAUCCCGUUGAGAGCCGUGUGCAUCAGAAAGCAGAGUGCGGCGCAAAAGGACGGCACUCAUCAGCGGAGCGUCACCAGCAUAGACAUGCUGUUGGCUCAACACAGGGAUUUCACGGUCUUGACGCCCGACGAACUCGAGGAUCUCGUGGGCCGGUCGACGUCCAACAACCUGGAGAACAAGCCUCUGAAACAAGGUCACAAUACCUAGGUACUGCCUGCCUCGAGGAAGGUAUUACCUUCCGCGUCAACCGCGUCUCCGCCGUGCACGAGUACCACGCCAUCGUCCGUCACGUCGUCAGGACCAAGUUCCUCCAUUCUGUACACGCAUCGUUACGAUACGCGCGAGCAUAGUUUGGUUUAAUCAAUGUGUGCACUUGCUACAUUAUUUCCGAAUAGAGCCGUCACGCAUUUUCUAACGGAUGCAAGAUUGCGAGCGAAACGGGAGCUCUUUGAGCUCCAAGAUUGCGACGUAGCACGACUCGUCGCAAUGUAAGAAAGUCGCCGCGAGAUACACACGUAGACUACGUCAUAUUCUAAAAAUUCUCCGACACGGUAAUCACUGCUUCUUUUUCGAGAUUCUUCCUUUCUCUUGACUUUUUCAUUCGCGUUUGUCAUGUUGAAAAAUGAUCGCGCGCGCGAAUGUUAAUUCAAACGCAUUUGACAUUUCUUUAUACGUGUAAAUGACAGUAAAUAGAGGAAUCUAAACGAGUUAUUUGAGACAUUCGAUAUUCACGUAUUGUUUUUUGCUCGCUGACCUUAUGGUCUUAAAGCUAAAUUGCGAUACGUGAUGGCAGAGGGUGUGUACUCUUAAUUAUGUUAUUACAGUUGACGAUAUAUCAGUCGGUCGUACGACAUGGACGAGUUAUAAGAUGAUUAGACUCGCACGCUAAUUGCAUGCAGCAAGAUAUAUGCAUGAAAAAAAUAUCAUAGGGAUAUUUAUUGCGAAAAAUAAAGCCGACAAAGGCGACAAAUUUCGUAGCGAAAACAUAAUACGUAGUGCGUGCAAUCUUUAUUCGUAUUCCGAAGAAAAGCUCAAGCACGAUAGCUUGGAAAGAACGCCCACGCGAGUAAUUUGCGGAAAAGAGAAGAGUUUAAGUUUAAAUCAAGUUCUGGCAGGGCCGAAUUUAGAGUCUUGAAAGAGGGACAAUCGUGCAGAAUACGCAUUUUAUGCAUUGAUAAAACAUGAACAAUCACAUAAUAUAUCUCACGAAAUAACUUGUUCCCCCUCUAUCUUGUGCAAUCGUAGAAACUUUUCUUGAUUUUCUAAAGAUUCUUAUUUUGUGCAAUUCCCAUUUUAUCCACCCUCACUUCCCCCGAUUGUCCCUCGCACUCUUUAAAUCUGGUCCCUCCCGGACGAUGUUUCUAAAUUUUCCGUGAAUAUAUAAAGGUUCCGCGUGGUUAUCGCGCGUUCUUCAUCGUUGCACUAAUUAAAUUUCUUUUCGAAUAUUUUCAUUAUCUUAUAUCGAGCUAAAUUAUAUAUGAAACAAAUUUAUAAUUACGUACGUAUAAAUCAGAAAUCGGAAGUUCUCUCUUUAAAAAAAUAAAAAUAAAAAAAAAAAAAACGUGAUUUGCUAUAUUUAAAGCACGCAGAAAUGAUUGUUUGUAUUUCCAAUCGAAUGUGUGGUGUUUCAAGAAUCAGAAAUCUUUUACAUCAUUACGCACUUUCAAUUCUUAGAUUCAAAAUGCAAUUAUCAAAGACAACAAGUUGUACUUUGUCCGUGUUGUAAUACCAUAGAAAUUUUAUCGACAUCUUUUCGUGUUACAGAUUGUUAAGAGAGAUACUUUAACGUUGGAGGCACAAUCUUUUUUACUAUAUAAAUAUGUAGUAACAAACGUUACUUUCUCAAAGACUAAAUUGUGUUCAAUUUAUGGAUGAAUGAGUCUGAUGAACCGAGCAACAUUCUCGUGUAUCUCUAUUGCGAGUUAUUUAAAUAAAGAUAUAUAAAUUCGCGUGAUAUACCACCUACGUAUAGAUAAGAUUCGGAAAUCUUCCUCGAUAAUUGUUCCCUGCAGGACGAUAAAAAGAAAUAAGAGGAUAAAAGAAAUUAUACGCGUAGAAGAUUUUGUCAUAUGUAAAUUUUACGAAUAUUUCUUUGUCAAAUUAUAUUAAAAACGCGUACUCAUCGUGUGCGAUGAUAAAAUGACACAGAAUGACGAAAGACAUGCGAUAUGUAUAGCCCUAUCGAUAGGCCGCGCAUAAUGUCAAGAUCGUUGAAUGGAAGGGUAAAACGGUAUAAUAUGUUAGACCGAAUGAGUAACGACGAACCUCACGCGCAAUGAAACAUACCGAGAUCAAUACGAUAUGCUUAUAUAAAGUGGCGUGCAAAAAGCGGGAAUCGGCAAAGUGAGUGUGCCCGACAUGGGUUUUAAAGUCCUUUAGCGAGAAUCUAAGCGCCAGGCGCAAUUAGCUCUCACCUUCGAAACUUCCGAGUUCUAAUUACGAAAUGAGGCCUUGAUUUAAAUUCUCGCUCAAACAAGGUCGAAACCGAAAAGCUUCUUCGUGAUUGCCGAUUUUCACCUUUUCCACGAUUCGCAGCUUAGUAUACAAAUCGUAAUUAAACGCUUAGGAUAGAUGUCAGAGUAUCGAGUCGAUGUUUUCGUUGGAAAAGUAAAAAGAUCGAAACUUGAUAUUUGUCCAUCAUGUCGAUCUUCUUUCGAUCUCGUCAUCUAAUUUACAGAUUCUUUAAAUUCGAGAAUUUUCUUAUUUCGCGGAUGCGAACAAGCGAAAUAUAUGUAGUCUUAGCAAAGUAACAUUAAUGCGAUUAAGUUUACGCGGAAGUGUAAUCGCCUAACGUAGAAACAUAAAUCAAAACGCUAGAAGGCUAAUAAUAAUAAGUGACUCUGAUCACAUGGUUUAUCCACUAUGUACGCUAGAAAGGAUAUCGUCUCAGUUUUUAUCCCUAAUCUGUAAAUUAUUCGCAAAAUAUCGAUAUUUCCAUAAAAUAAGCAAACUUUUGGAUACGUAUUCAUAGACUUGACCUAAAACGCCAAUCUCACUACUGUUUAAUGUUUAAUAAACAAAACUGGCAAAUUAUUUUUUUGUUUUAUCCAACAAAACGUACAUAAGUUUCUAUAAAAAUCCUAAUUAAAUAUUGAUUAGAUUUUUACGUCGUUUAAACCAGCAACUAGAGAUAUUUAUUUCUAGUGAACAACAAGCUUUGAAGAGGAAACAUAUCUAUCGAGUCGGCUAUAUGAGUAGAGAUAUAUUUUUAUUGUCAUUAUAGUGGAUAUACGUGAAAGGAAGGAGAAUAGCGAUUAAGGAAAAUAACUGUCCACAUUACCCAUAUGCUGAGAGGCUUGCAUUUGUCGUGAGAUUCCUAUUGAAUGUUUGCCUUAAUUUCAGAGAUAAAGGUAUCGUUGAACGUGAAUGAUAAAUUCUAUUUACGGAAAAAUUCUAGUUACAAAGAGGAGAGCGCGAUUAAUAUUUUAAAAAUAUUUUUAAAUUUACUAUAUUUUUUAAUUGCCAUGUUUAUCCGCGCUGGAGAAAACUUUAUGCAGUUCUUGUAAACAGGAAACAAAGGAGAUCGGCGCAUUUCCGCUGAUAGAUAUAAUUUGCCGCGGUAGGUUUUUUAACGUAACUUUAAGACGAGUGCAACAAGGAAAUAAUCAUCAAUAAUAACGCGAAUAUGAUAAUGGGAAUAUGAGUAUGGGAUUGUAUGUGAGACGUUCGCAUUUAAUAGCGCGCGUAAAAUUAAAAAUUAUAAUUAAGAGACAGAAUUGAAAAUUAUUCCACCGAGCAUUAUACUACAUGUUAUAUGCGCGAAUUAUGUUAUGGAUAUUAAACGUUAUAUAUAUACAUGACGAUUCCUUGUUGUACGAAAGGAUUGGACAUAAUCUUAAGAGAUUCAACGCACAGAAUUAGCCGUAAGCAUUUUUAUAAUGGUGUUCUAUAUAUAUAUUAAUAUUAUUAUUACUUAUACUAUACUACUACUACUGCUACUAUUACUACUCUACUAUUAUUACAGUUAUAUUACUACCCAUCAAAGAUAGCCCGAUUUACUUGUGAUCCAGCCGCGAAUCGGCCGGCAGAAGUGUUCUUCGUACAUGUUGGAAUCAUCGUCAUAGGGGAUUGGAUAGUAAUAUGCCUAGCCUUGUAUAUACGAAAGUUUGUGUAAUGGUGAAAAAGGAAAAAUUUGAUCGCGCGGGAUGGUAAUAUAUCGAUCUUGAUACGACUUGCCGAUCUGCAAUUUUUAAUUAAAAACGUAAAGCAGAUUAUAUCACGCGAUGUAAUCCUAAGAUGCAUAUCGUAUUUCGUGAGUCUUGAUGAAAAAACUCGUCAGCUGUGUGUGAUUGCAGCAUUUUUUUAUAUUUUUUAAUACAUUUUACAAACAUAAAUUCUCUAUAAAUGUGCGCUAUAUUAACUGUCUCGAUAUAUAUAAAGGUACGCUUACUAUCCUGAAAUUAUUUCAAAUUUGUACGUAAUAAUAUAUGUUAUUAUUAUUUUUUAAUAUACGUAUAAUCAUCUAUUAUAUUAAACAGCUUGAAUGGAAAAAUGACAAAUUUCUUUUAACUAAAAUUUUUGCGAUUACGUGUACUUGAAAAAAAAAUUCUACGCUCUUUUAGUUCAAGUCCCAAUGAUAUCAAGUUUCCAGCGAUAUCUUAUGCAUAUAUAAUAUAUAUAAAUACUAGGCGAAAUAUGCUGCAACCACAACUUAUUUUGCAUCAUGUGAAAAAGAUCUCUAUAAUCGUGAUGCAUAUGAAUACAUUAUUUAAUAUAUUACGAUAUCAUAGUAUAUAUAAUAUCGAGAAAGUUUUACCGAUAAGCUCUUAAACUUAAAAUUGUAGGAUAUAAGUAAGGGGAAUGUUAUAUCGCAAAGCGUUCGCGAUGACGCGGCCAUCAUUGUUGAGGCUGGUCAUCUUAGAGUGAUAAAAGAAGGAAUGCGCAUUAUUAUUUUAUUCCGUGCUUUUUUACCGCGUAAACAUAUAAUUUCACCGUAUAAAAUUUUAUUACUCGAAUGAUAAUGAUAUCGGAGACGCAGUGUCAUAAUACGUAUUCGAGAUACAGGGAUUUUGCGGAUGUUAAAAAAAAAAAAAAAAAAAAAAAAAAAAAAAAAAAAAAAAAAAAAAAAAAAACCACCCCCCCAAGAAAAAACCGUACUCCCGGUCCCUUCUGUCACUGCCAAAAAUUAAUUAUAAUGCGACAUAUAUAAAACGCGAGAGAAUGUGGAAGCAAUCGCGAGAGUGUCGGCUAAUAAUGCGCGGCUGCAUAUAAUUAAACCUCAACAAUAUGUUCCGCCAUUGUGAACAUGUCGGAGACGUUCUGCGUAACCAUUUAUUGGGAACAUUCUGACUUGCUUAAAAGUUUCGUUGAUCCGUAUAUUUUGUAAGCAAAGAGAGAUUAUAAGAUAAUAGCAGUAAAUAAAUAAAUAUUACUAC